CCUGCUGCGAUCACGAGGGAAAAUUUUGUCCUACAUUUUCCCCGGUUUGGAGGUCCGGCAGUAUGGCAACCCUAGACUUAACACUUUGCCUUCUUAGCUGACCGUAACAACCUCCAGCUCUUCUGAGCUAGAGUAAUGGCACCUUGCUUUUUCUUGACUCUUGGUGUUUGCUGAGUCCUCCAGGUGGAUUUCUUCCGUAGGGUUUCAUAUGUACAUUUAUUCCCUAAGAUGACAGCAGUUUGGUUCCCCAACCCCAACUCAGCAGAGUCAGCCAUCCUUCUAGAAGGGUUAAUGUAUGUAGUUGUUGUGUCCCUUCAAGUUGUUUCCAACUUAUGGUGGCCCUAAGGGUAUUGCAGGGCUGCCAAAAUCUGUUUGGCCAGAGAUGGUAAGCAAGAGAGGUGUGUACAUGCUGCCGAACAAGAGCUCCACAUUUGGUUCCUGAAGAGAAGGGAAAGAAGCUGUCUCCAUGGUUACUCUGAUGCAAAGAGGAUUUUAACACUGUGUGCUCAACCCUCUCCGGCUGAAUUUCACAAGAUGUGGGCAGAACGAGAGAGAAGCAUGCCUCCGGUGUGAGCUGUGUGCAGGAGGGAGAUGAGGAAAGAGGCAGCAGCCAAGGCAAUGCCAAUAGGAGACUGAUAGGAAGUGAGGUCAUCAUUCCCUGUCAAGCAGCUGAGGAAUUUAAGUGACUGCAGAGCUGGGUUUGGCACCAAAACUGUCACAAGGAGCUAGCAGGUUCCUUUGCUUUCUUUGUGUUCCUUCUUCAUCCAUCCCACCCCCAGAGUGUCAGCCUCAGUUGGCCAUGGUGUGGAGAGUUUUGCUGCUGUCUGCGUGGCUCUGUUUUUCAUUGGCAAGUACCCAGGGACACAUCAGGCAAGAGAGACCUUGGGAGCGCAGAGAAGAAGACCCAGACACAGCCCUCCUGGGCAAUAAGCACUAUGAGAAACUGCAGAGCCACCUGGGCACGGUCAGGGCCCUCUCUAGGAGGUACUGGCACUUCCUUGCCUGCCGGAUGUGGCAGGAGGGCUGCGAGGAAGAGAAGAAGGAGCAGGAGGUGGUGGCAGCAACACAGCAGGAGGAGGAAAAGGAGGAGGAGGAGGAAGAAGAAGAAGGCAACAAGGUCAUCCUGGAACAUCAAGGGUGGAGUUUGCCCAUUGUGACAGAGAUGGUUUCCAACUGGUACUGCAGCUUUGGCAAAUGCUGUGCAACAGGAGAUUGCAGAGUGAUCAAUAACAUCACAGGACUGGAUCUGGACCUGAGCAGGCGACUCCAUGGACAACACCUGGUGAAACAUGUUGUCCUGAAAGCUAUUCAGGGCUUCCUGGAGACACCAGAGCCAGAGAAAGCACUGACUCUUUCCUUCCAUGGCUGGACUGGCACGGGCAAGAACUUUGUGGCUCGGAUGAUCGCAGAGCAUUUGUACCAGGAUGGCCUGAAAAGUGAUUGUGUCAAAGUCUUCAUCUCCCUAUUUCACUUCCCUCAUUCCAAAUAUGUGGACAUAUACAAGGUCCAGCUAGCCAGAGAGAUCAGUGAGACAGUGCAGCUCUGUGAACAGUCCUUGUUCAUCUUUGAUGAGGCAGAGAAACUUCAUGCUGGCCUCUUGGAUGCUAUAAAACCCUAUGUGGAUCAUUAUGACAGCAUUAAUGCAGUGAAUUAUCGACGGUCUAUCUUCUUAUUCCUUAGUAACACAGGUGCAAACAUCAUCAAUGAAGUAGCACUAGAUUUCUGGCGAACUGGCCGAGCCAGAGAGGAAAUCGCCAUGGAAUUCUUAGAGCCAUACUUACGGGCUGAGCUGAUGGAAGCUACAGUGAACCCUCUCCCAAAUGGAUCAUGGUGGAAGAAAACAGAGGUGACAGCCAGGAAACCAAGGAUGAGUUACACAGAACUGUUUUCGGCUCCUGUGGGAUCUUUCAAGAGAACCCAUAAUGUUUCACAUGCUGAGGAACAAGGCCUCACAGAUAAGGAUUAUACCUACAAUGGCCUUCUAGGAGAUAACCUCAUUGACUUUCUAGUGCCUUUCUUGCCCCUAGAAUACCGCCAUGUGAAGCUGUGUGCCCGGGAUGCUUUUCUAGCUCGGGGCCUUCCAUUCACUGAAGAGGCACUGGAUGAGGUUGCAAGGAUGAUGGUGUUUGUACCCAAGGAGGAGAAACUCUUCUCUGCCCAAGGCUGCAAAUCAGUCUCCCAGCGUAUAAACUACUUCAUACCCUGAUGCUGCGGGAUCUCACUGCACAAGUACUGCAACAUGCAACCUGUUUCUUGUUGCACAAAGGCCCAGUACAGUAUUGCACUGUGAUUAGAUACUAUAUUUCCCUACUAUGUGGGCGUUACUGGGAUACAAAAAAGAGAGAGAGGAGAUUGAAGAAAUUGCUACAGGCAAAUAGAGCUCCUGUGAAUAAAGGAAUGCCAUGUAGCUGGAGUCUACAUGAAAGGUGCUAAUGAAGAAGAAAACCAUGCCUUUGGAACACUUACCCUUAUUCAUUGCCCUGAAUGGGUGUCUUGCAGGGAGACAUUCCAGCUGCAAAAGGAGUAAAGUUUCUUCACAUUAUGUACAAGAUUGAGACUGUUUUCCUGCUUGGAUUGUUUUAAAGAUAUGACUGAAUGAGGAACUAGAAUGUUUGCUUACAAUACAAUAAGCUACUUCCUGUUCCUGUACCCUUGUACAGAAAUUAGGCAUGAAGGAAGCAUCUUGCCCUCACUGCAGAGGCAUUGCACCCACCCUUUCUAUGGCUUAAAAAGGUACUUAAGAUUUGGCAGUUUAAAUGGCAUAAGGGUACUGCUUCAUAUUUAUGUGCUGAAGAACUGUGGUCCCACUAUGCCUCCUGGAACAUACCCACUCUACAAAGAAUGGAUUUUCUACCAAGGACUUUAAAACUGAGAGGGUCAUGGUGCUUUGCGUUGGGGAGGUUAAGUGACAAAAGCCAAAAGUUCAGGAUCCAGUGUGAUGCACUUCCAACCUGGCACUGAAGUUAAGCAAUAAGCCUACAUACAGUCAGUACGAUAAAAGUAAACUGUUUGCAUCAGCUAGUGUUUGAUGGCACUGCAAACCUACAUCUUUGCAAACUAAAACUUGGCAGUUACCCAGUUUGUAGUACAAAACACAACCGGUAAACUGGCAUUCAGACUAGGGUAUUUUUUGGGCUAAGAGGUAAUGCUGGUCCAGGUCAAAUGUACUCUAGUUUAGGCCACCAGAUAUGAGUGUAGUGCAGAGGAGGGAUCAUUUUGGCCCUCCACUAGUUGGACUAUAGUUUCCAAUAGCCUAGAAAGCUUUGUGAGUAGUGAGACAUACUUCUGGAUGACUGUACACUUUCCACCACUAUUGUAGUUUCCUUAGGGAUUCGGUAUAUCACCCAGAACUAUGCAGCUGGUUGCAGAAUAUUAAGUAUAAUAAUGAGUACACCUUCAAACUUCCACCCACAUGCCCUAUACAAACAUUAAUGUAAAUGUUUAGUGGUCUGGACCACAGGUGUGGUUGGUGCAAUCACACCUUCCACCACACAUACACCCAUUAAUCCAAAUUAGGAAUCUUUUCCCAGGGGAGCCAUAACAUCAGUGCCAUACAUUUUAUGGAUAGCAGGGGUCAGCAUCUAGGAUUUUUUCUUUUCUGAAUUCUGAAGAUACUUGACACAUUUCAACAUUUUACAUAAUGCAAAACUUGCAUUUAGCUAUUCAUUUGGCUUGCAACUAUCUCCAUGAAAAUUGUGAAUGAGAGACAUGCCUUUAGAUGUCUGUACAUUGGCCAGAACUAAUAAUAGACUUGCAUUUCCUUUGUUUGCUGAGUACAAGUGCUAGCCAAAGAAAACACGAUAAGGUAUUUGCUGUCUGGGCUUACCUGCCAAAUGAUAAACCACGUGUGAUCAAGGCUAAAGUGACAAAGGAAAAGGAAAUUGAACAGAACACACAGAAGUCUCUGACUGGUAGGUCAACAAUGUUCUUUAACCUAGGCCACAUUGUGAAAAAGAGUUUGCAUUGCAAUGCCACAUCCAUAAGAGUGAUCUGCUGCUCAGACUUGUGAACCUCUGCCGCUGGGUUUGUAGCUGAAAACCUCAAAUCCAAAUUAAGUAUUCUGUGGCUCAAAAACUUGGCAAAGUAGUUCAGUGCUGGUCAGACAAUGUAGUGACAUGGAUAGCCUUGGGUCAUGAGAAAAUUGGAUUUAGCUUCCAUCAUUAAGCUCAUAGGAAAGCUGCCAGGUUUACCUCAUUGUGCAUGGUUUCUACAAGCAUAAUUGGAAUAAGGGCAUUUAUGCUAUCCAGAAGGUUUUGCAGAAUAGUGUGAUACAAGGAUGAUAGCCAGCACUCCUUUGAGGGAGACUUCUCUCCAUAAAAUUAUUUGAUUGUCCAUCCUCCCCAAAGCCUGUGCUAUGCAAAUACCAUUAGCCAACAGGAAUCCUAUGGUGAACUGGAAGCCUACCAAAACCCAUUAGCUUUUGCAUACAUACUAUAGAAAUGACCAACAUAAGAAAGACCACAUUCUUCCUUUGGUAGAAUUGAGAUUAAACAUAGCACAUUUUGGAGGAUGGCAACUUUAUUUUAAAAAUAGGGAAACAGAAAUUUGGGCGGGGAGAGACAGAUAACCCUGUGGGUGUAAUGCAGAUCAGGAUCCUGGAGCUACCUUUUGAAGUGGUCAGGAUUCAACUAUUCCUUUGUGACUAAGGAACAGCUACAGUCUUUCUCCCUGGAGUGCUUUUUCUUUUCGUAUUUCCACUGUUGAAUCACUGACUGCAUUUCGACCUCCAGUGAUUCACCUUACUGUCAGAACUAUCCUGUGCAGCCUUUAAUGGGGCUGAGAUGGAUCCCACAAACAAACGUUUGGCUCCAUGACGAGCAGAGGAGCCGCCAGUCGGAACCAAAGGUCUUUCUGUGGCUUCCAUACCAGCAGAAGCAGACAGCCAAGAAGAUGGCAUUUGAGGCCCAGGGGCCUGCACAUGCAGAAGUGCCUUCAAAAUGCAACUCUGUUUCAUCUGAUUUGAAGCAUAAAGGCUCAAGUGGGCACAAGGGGCAACCACAUGAGCUUCACCCAGACAACCAAGACACUUCAGAUGUUCCUCACAUCCCAAGAUUCUAGUGCUACAGAAGUCACACUUUUUGGAAAUCCCAGAGGACAAGAACAGUUUCAAUCCCCAAUGCUAGGCAACCCUUAUGCAAAGGCCCCCAUAAUUGCUGUGGCUGAAUCGACUAAGGAAGGCCAUGACAAGACCAAAGACAGAGCACAAUUCCUAUUGAUACUGCUGCAGUGGUGGACUAAAGGGAACUGGUGGUUUCACUGAAAAGGCCCCUAGGCAAGGCUGCUGGAGGUGGGUAGGCCUACUGACAAAAUGCUUAUGUAAUGUUCUAGAAAGUUCUGAAAGAUGCAAUGUACAGGCACAGGAUAACUCCGUUUAUGUAUAUUAUGAACAACUUAAGAAUCCUCACUCAAGCUUUUCCUCUUCUUUGGCUCAGCUCCGUCCUUUUACACUCACUGCUCCAUACAUACUCUUAGAACUGCCUCCCUGAACAUUUGCUGGUUGCUCCUUCCCUCGCUAUUCUUCAAUCACAAUGAAAAACUUUGUUUUCCAAAGCCAAAUUUUCGAAUAUUGGAAAUUAGCAUUACAAUCUUGUGCAAUUUUAUAUUUGUCCCUUUGCUCUAUAUUGCGCAUAUUGUAUUUUUUGUAUUUUAUCUGGAUAACGUUUUACAGUUUUAUUGUAUAGUUUUAUAUUUUUAUUAUUCCUUCUUUCCCUCUGUGUGUAGAUAUAUUUUAAAUUGCAUGCCUUAGGCAGGACUCACUGUUUUUGGUUGUUUUACUUGUGUGCAUUCACAGAGACCAUGAAGAAGAAACAGUAAGACAGGCAAGCAUUACUACUCAUGUUACAAACAGGACUUGUGCUGAGAGACUGUGGCCAUCAUUUACUGGCAAAGACAAGGUUUUAACCAGUCAUGCCAAUGUGUAGUUCAUUUGCUUAAUCUCUAGGUUACAUCAGCCUUGCCGUCUGGCUUUUAUCAUGAUUGUUAGGUAAUAAUAAUAAUAAUACAGCUACAUCUUGGCAAUACUA